AUGGGUUCGCUUAUAGCCACCAACUUGCUGUGGCUGCAUAUUCUUCAACGUGGACAACGAAAAUCAAGUGGCGGUUUCUAUUUGAUUGAUUUAGCCUGGCUGAUGGUCCUUCAUCAUCAAAUUUCCGUGAACCUGUCCCGUCUUCAAUACAAUACAAAUAUGGAACUCGUUGGCUGUGCAGCAAGCGUUAGCCAGCUCCUGGUCUACUUAUCCUCAUCGGCUACUAGCCUCCAGAGACUUUAUACUGAGCUUAUUCACUGUAACUCGACUUACCGUGACGAAGCAAUAAAUAUCAGGCUAUUACUUCAUACUAUUCAACGCCUCGGCCAGCAACAGGUCAACGACAACGACGACCACAGUCCCGUCCUCCCUGUUCUGAUAUCCAUAUCUGGUAUCGCAUGCCAAGUGCUACACCUCCUUAAACCAAAGCGAAUCUUUGGUAUCGACUGGGCGCCAGUCACGUCACAAGACAAGAUCAGCUCAGCGUUCGAGACACUUGAUAAGAAGAGGAAUUUGCUCCAAUUAUACAUUUCUCAAGAACAUCAAGAAGCCCUCCUGGAUCUUCGACAGACGGUUGAAUCAUCUUGCAAGAACAUUCGUGUGGAAACCCCUAUAGUAGGGUCAAAUAGAAAGAGUACAUCUCACAGCGCUGAGUAUACAACUGGCGCAUCCAUGGACCCGCAUCCGAAUCAACCGGCUGGACAGUCUACCAAAAGGCUCAGAAUCAAGAUGACAGGUGCCAAAAUAGAGGGUUACAACUCAAUGUUCAACGGCCACAAGGAAGGCGACAUAGAAGGCGAACUUGGAGACUCGACUUUCGGAUCGACCGCGGGUAAUUUCGUAGGAAACGCAAGUGACGAAACCGAAAGAAUGUUUUUACAAUCUAGCCGUUGCAAUCAAGGUUGUUCACAUCCAGACUAUGCCUACAUGCCGGCCAGGGCGCCGCCAAGCCAGGGAAAUCAUGCUAGAGAAGCGAAACCCAGGUUCCACGAUAUCUCUAGCGAUCGAUUCAUCUCAUCACGCGACUCAUCAUCUUAUCAAGGAGCCGAUUAUAGGGCGGAGGUUCGGGAGCCGUCGUGGCAUGGUACCCACCAUGCACAGCAUUUAGAGCGAAAUUUCACCAGCCAACAAUACGGUGCCCAACAGGUACAAGGCCCGGAACGUGACACUGCCAGCCCACGGUACAGCAAUCGACAGAUUGAGACAUCCCGACCACAAUCGGGCUGA